UUUACUUGAAAUCAUAUCUUUUCACCAUUUUCGCAUCGAUUUGCAGGUUAAUGAACGGACUUGGGGUGAAGCACAUCAUAUGGCAGAGCUACAUAUAAUCGGGCAGAUCAUUGGGGCCAGUGGUUUCCCUCAAAGCAGCCUGUUCUGCAAGUGGGGCAUUCACACCGGAGGAGCAUGGAGACUUUUGUCUGGUCUAAAGGAGGGACAGACACAAGUGGACAUACCCCAGAUAGGUGAAAUGGCUUACUGGAGUCAUCCUAUCGAUUUACAUUACUCCACUAAAGGCCUUCAAGGUUGGCCAAAGCUUCAUGUACAGGUUUGGCACCAAGACUCUUUUGGCAGAUGUCAGCUGUACGGUUAUGGUUACUGCCAUGUGCCCUCCAGCCCCGGACAGCACCGGCUGCAGUGUGUAACCUGGAGGCCAGUAGGCACCUGGCAGGAACAGCUAGCUGAGACGUUUGUAGGUGGAGGCUUUCAGCUUCGCUCUCCUGACCUCAUUUACAGUGGAGCAGACAGAUACAGACUUCACACAGAGGCUAUGGGCACGGUAGAACUAGAACUGUGUGUCAUUCUGCGGCAUUUUGAGCGAUAUGGCAUAGAGAGCUGAGAGACAUGAGACUCAUGAGACAUCUAAUGAGAUCUAUUUCAGAGGUCAAGAAAUCAGAACUUCAUUACCUAGUCCACCAAGUCAGAGCUACUUCUCAAAAGAUCGCCUGUCAUCCACGAACACUAAUUAGUAUAUUUUGUACAAAAACACUCUUCUGACAGCAGGUCACACAUUAACUAAUCUGAAGUGCAGCAGGCGGUGGGAUUUGGAAGGAUUAGUGUGUACUAUAGCAUGGAGGUGCACCAGCUCACUGUGAAGCACAUUACAUUUCAAUAAAAAACAAAUAGUGCUUGUCCUGGGCAUCUGGGCUACCUCUUAGUCCACCUCUGCAUUUUAUUUACUUUUACAGUAGUGAAUUUGUGACUGUUUCCUAUUCAGAGAAGAUGUCAAGGUGUCAUCGAAUCUGUGGCUUGUGAGAUAUCUUUGAUACAAAGAAAAUGAAUAUGACUUGUGUUUUUAUCAGUUUUGUACUCAUUUUUUACACAACUUUAUUGUAUUUUCUGUUGUAAUUUAAAAUGAAUAAAACAUUUAUUGCUUAAUUCUUCAUGUAUAUGUAGGACCUACAUUUUUAGUUUAUAUCUCAGUUGACUUAUUGUAAUAUUUUUGGUGUUGCAAACAGUAAUGAUUGGAAAACGUGUAAUACAUUUAUUCUGUUUUCAGUCAAACAACCACACAGUACUAGUUUAUGCAGGUUGAUGUUAAAAAUUAGUAUAA